GCUGUCAGAGAAUUCACCUAUUCCGAAUGGUUUUUAGAAUUCUCUUGAGCUGGGGAAAGUGAUAAAAAUUUAAGAUUUGUUGAAAAUUGUGUGCAUAUUCCGAAUUUGUUUUUGGAAAACAUGCAAGAUAUAUCAAAAUAUUGAUAGAAGUGUAAUAAAAUUACGUGCGAUUCGGUGUAAUGCGUAAAAUAGGAGUAAAGGAAAAGUGGCUGUUGUAAGACGCAGUCCAGCGAAAAGGAGAAAUUUUGAUGACGGCUAAGAGCGUGUGCGUGUAUGCAUUUGCGUGUGUGUUAUGUGGUUGUGCACGGAAAAACAGCAAAAUUAAAAGCAAAGCAAACGAAGUUUGUGCGAUAAGAAAAUAUAUAAAAAUAUUUAAGAUAUAUUAAUUCCAAAUAACUUUAUUAAUAAAAUCUUGGAAAUGAUAUAGUGAAUGGCUAAUUGAAUAUAAAAAACAUUUUAAGAAUUGUUGCUAGUGCUAUUCAGGGUGAACUUGAUCUAAUUGGUGAAAACUAGAACAUUAGCCGUUAAUAAUGCCUUCACGCCAACGCGGGGGCGUCAUAUUUCUCUGCUUAUGGCUUCGCAAAAUAUGAGUGCUUAGGUUGCGACUUUAGUCCAAACAUUUGAUUUUUAAUGGUUGCUGUCAUGAAACCUGAUUUCUGAGGCAGAUGUAUGGGGUUGUAAACAGGAAAAUAACAUCAAUGGCCCAAAUCCAUCAAAAUACCAACAACAGUAGUACAAUUAAAGAAACAGCAAAAGGAAUUGCAGAUUCGUCGAUACAUAAUCACAACGUAGGUGCAAGUAAUUAAAUAAAUUUAUUCUACAAGAAAAUUUUCAGAGUAUAAAUUUCGGACGCAUUUUUUCUGCUAUCCAUGUCAACAAUAUUGCCCAACAAUCAGUAAUUUCAAGACAUACAGUUCGGUUUAUAGCAGCCUUCGUAGUUCAGUGGCAGCGGUUAUCGCGAAUCAACACCCGCACAACCGCACAUUGUCUAGCAGAAAUCAAGAAACCAGAAGUAUAAUAAAAAAAAUAAAAAAUUGCCAACAUGAGUUCAACUGUGCACGUAAAUAGCGUCACUAUCAUUACCAGCAACAGCAAUAGCUAUAAUCACAAUAACAGCGUAAACACCAACAAUAUUGCAAACACCAGCAACAGCAAUGUGAAUAAUACGAACAGCUUGCCCGCCUCCGCACCCGCCGCUACGAACUAUACAACAACUACGCACAUAACGACAAGUAGUAACGCAGCAGUUUCGAAUUCAACGGCAGGAGGGGAAUCGGCAAAUACGCCGCUGAUGACCAACAAAAUCAGCAGCAAAAACACAACGGCUCUCGAUGAUCAAGAAGCGUUGCUGCAACGUGCAGCCGAUGAACGUGAAGCUAUUUUCAAUCGCUACUCGCUCGGUUUAGAUCCUAAGAAUGUGGUCGACCCUUGGGAGAAUCCCACAUAUGAGCUAUAUCAUAUUACAGAUAAAUAUGGCUUCAUGCACGAUUCCCGCCUGCCCGAUACCCGCGACUCGCAGGAACUGCAGCGCACCAAAAUCGAAUUGGAGCGCGACAAGAAAUGGGUAAAAAUGCUUACCAAUUGGAAUGUGAACGUCGAAAAGGUGCGACGACGUGUCUUCAAAGGUAUACCGGAUCGCAUGCGUUGGCCAGCAUGGAAAAAGUUGCUGAAUGUUGACGAAUUGAUUGAGGCAAAUCGUGAUACGUAUGCGUCUAUGUUAACAUUGGCGCGCAAAUACUCCACCGAGGUGCGACAAAUCGACUCCGAUGUGAAUCGGCAAUUUCGUGAUAAUCUCGCCUACCGCCAACGGUAUAGCGUCAAACAGUGCUCCCUAUUUAAUGUGCUAAAUGCGUAUAGUAUAUACAAUCCCGAAUUGGGUUACUGUCAAGGCAUGGCUUGUUUGGCCGGUGUGCUAUUGCUCUAUAUGCAAGAGGAGGAGGCAUUUUGGGCGCUCAAUCAAUUGAUCAUUGAUCGUAAGUAUGCCAUGCAUGGCUUAUUCAUUGAGGGCUUCCCGAAAUUGACACGCUUCCUUGAGCAUCACGAUCGGAUAUUGUCGAAGAUGAUGCGUAAAUUACAUCAGCAUUUUAUGAAGCAUAAUGUCGAUGCCAUUCUGUAUUCGAUCAAGUGGUUCUUUGUGAUUUUUGUGGAGCGGAUACCAUUUAGUUUAGCUUUACGCGUGUGGGACAUUUAUCUGCUGGAGGGUGAGCGUGUCGUCAGCGCCAUGGCCGUCACCAUACUCUAUUUGCACAAGCACGAUUUGUUGCGUCUCAACGAUAUGGACUCAAUUAUUGAAUAUUUGCAAGUGAAAUUGCAUAAGAAUUUCGGCUACAACGAUGACUACGUAAUCGAGGCACUCGAACGUAUGUUGAAGAAGUUAAAGGAAUUGAAAUUGGAUAUAGCUCCACCACCCAAGGCGAACGAAUUUCCCGCCCGACCGUUGGGACAAUUCUUAGAAGCUGAUAUUGAGAAGAAGAUUGGUCGGCGACGUUCCGAAUAUACCGAUACGGAGAAACAAGUUAUAACUGAUGUGAUAUUAAGAUCUGAGCAAAAUGCAGUAGAAGUACAAUCAACAAUGUCAUAUGAGACGUCUGAAUGCGCUACGGUAACGCUAAACGUACCCGAGGACUCGCACUCAAUACGAAGUUCGCUUGCAGGUACUUCGGUGGCCUCGCACGGUUCAUCGGAUACAUUCUCGCUGGAAGACAAUAAUAUUCACUUAAAAACGGCAAAUGCUUUACAAAAUACGCCACAACGUGAUAUGUUGCUACUGAGCACCACCUGACGACAGGCAAAUCUGGCGGCUGUGACAGCAACAACGUCAACGUCAUGCACAUCCAUAAUAGCGGCUACAAGUUUGGCUGGUACAUCAAUUACAACAAUUACUUCCACAUCAUCGGCUUCGGCAACACCAACAAAACAUUUUACAUCGCCCUCUGCAACACCACCACCGCCACCAACAACACCAACACCCACUUCAACGCCAACACCAACGCGCCAACCAACAGUAAUACUCGCCGCGGCGCCAACGUCAACAGCAACAUCGCCCUUACGACGUGCAGGCGGCGCUGCGGUGUUGCCAAUUGGAUAGCAGCAACAUCAUCAUCAAGUGACGCAAAAAUUAACCGGUAUUUAUCAUAUGCGUUCACCAAAUGGCACAAUUGUCGAAGAAGAUUGUGUCUAAGAACAAUUCAGCAAUUCGAAAAUUAUUAGAAUUAGCUAUAUUCAAAGUGCUUUUCAUGCAAAGAAGGAAUUAAGGUUUGGAUACUACGAUUUAAGUAUUAAUUUGGUUUUUGAAUAAUUUUCAAUUACACACGUACAUAAAAUGCAUUGUACCUUUUUUACAAAUUUCAAUUUGGUUCUUGUUAUACAAGAUCUUAAUUUAGCAUUAUAACUUUUUUGCAUUUUGUUAAAAUAAUUCCAACUAUUAUAUUUUUUCAGAAAAUAUGAAACGUUUGAAAACUUUCGUAAUUUUGUCACCACUUAACAAAUUUGUGGAUUUCUGGUAAAAUAAGCUAUUCUGACUUAUUGCUAUCUGUGAAUCCGAAAACUGAGGUUUUUAGGUAAUAUUUUUUAUUUUAACCUUAGGUGCAUACAUAGAACGAUUCGUGUGCUGACAAAAUUGUUUGCUAUCGAAAUUCAAUACCUUCAUCCUUCUUGGCUUGUUGUUGUAAAUAUGUUUUAAGCUCUCUAUUACGUUCGACCAAUAGCAGAAAUUUGUUCGUAGAUUUACGAGGAUCCGCUAUUUUUUGUUCUUCCAUACUAUUUAUUUGUUACCGAAAUUACAGAAUGAGACUUUUAGAGGUUUAUGUGCCUUUUUCUCUUCAUAAUUCUUUGCCUAAAAUGACUUCUGUCAAAAUGUCUAAAAGGUUGUAUUCGUGAAAACGAGUGUAUGGGCAUAGCAAUUAUCAUAUUUCUGAUGUCUCCCCGAAAUGGUUGUUGUUUUAAAUACGGGACAUUCCGUUAACAUAUAACCAACAAUCAGGGGAAGUGGUAUAAAGUCUUUGUGGACCUGCCGUAGAAUGGAAAAUAAAUUUUCAAUCAAGGAUCUGUUCGCAUAUGUUCCACAUUUUCAAGUUGUACUCAGGCGAAAAAUUCUUGAGACUAAAGUGAAAUUCUCUUAGUUUUCUUCUUUUUCUAAGAAGUGCUUCUCUUUACGAGAAGCGCUGAUGCCGUAAAUUACAGCUUGAAGAAUACUUGAGAGAUUAUCUUUUGGAGCUAACGACAGUCCGUUAAGGUUCCAUCGCCGUCUUUGGGCACUUAUAAUUAUAUUAUGAACCCAAAACUAUCACCAUUUACUUGUAUUUUCAAUAAAGCAAACAUAUUUUAUGGUGCUUUCCUGUAAAAGUGACGUAAACUGCUUACGUAGUCUUAACUAUUGCAUGUGCUGUUUGUUGUUGUAAUGACAAAUUGCUAGCGAGCGAUUGCAAGUUAUGAAUAAAAUUCUCAUUGUAGCAGCAUUAAUCAAUUUCAUAAAAAAAAAACCUUGGAAUGACAAUCUUUGGUCGGACAUAAUGGGGAAAAGAGUUAUAUUUUCAACACACUAAAUUUUUUUUUCUGAGUUCCAUAAGAAAUAGAAGAGCUAUUGCGAAACAAAAAUACGUAUUACAAAAUUAAAACGCUUAAUUUUCUUUGCCUUAAGAAUGAUGUAAAAAAUAUUUCAUUUACAAUAAUUUUACAUUUUAAGAUAACUGCCGUAUACAUACACUUACAGACGUACAUACUUUUUAAACAAAAAUUCAAGAUUGCGAAUUCUCAAAAGACCACGCAGGUUUAGCUCAAUUGUCAAGAGAGUUAUUAACUGCAAUUGAGUACGACUUUUUAUAAAAGCGUUGUAUUUACUAAUGCAUUCUCUAAGAAAAUAAUAUUUCCAUUUUCCCCCGAUUAAAUUUUUAAUAAUCAAAAAUAGAAAACAUCUCCAUUCCUAACCUCUUUUUAACGAUAAAGUACUAAGUUUUGUGUAAGCCAUUAGAAAUAUAAUUUAAACUUUUGUUAAUGCUUUUUAUAAGUACCAUAUAUAAUUUAAGCAUUAGCGAACUCUGCAUUUUAGCGUAUAAAAAGAUACUUUUUUCUAUGCAAAAAAUAUACAAUAGUGCAUAGUCAAGCAAAAACAAAAAAUGUUGAAAAUCCAUAUACAUACAUAGACAAGUUAAAAGUUGUAAUACAUACAAAAUUUACUGCUGUUUAAUAAAAUUAAAUACCAAGCAAUGUAGACAGAUCAUUAAAAAAUUGCGAAUCUCAAAAUAUUUACAAUUUCAAUAGCAUUAACGCAUAGAUAGUUACAUACAUACUUACAUACAUAUAUUUGAUUUAAUAAUUGCAAAGCUAAACUGAAAUAAAAAUAAAACAAUGCAAUCAAAAGUAAAAAUA